AGGAGGAGGAGGAGGAGGAGGGCCGGCGGAGGCUCACCUGCGCGUGAGUCACCUGGCCGCUUGGCUGCCCGCCAGCGCCACGCCACUCCGCCCCGAAGCGGCCAGAGGUGCGCCCAGCGCCGCAUCCCGGACUCCUCGGCCAGCCUUCCUCCAGCGCGGGGGUCUCGGCGGCGGCAUGUCCGGCCGGGAGAGCGUGCAGAUCCCGGACGACGCCGCCUUCGGCCACUUCCGCACGGAAUGCAACUCCGAGGCCGGCUGGCAUCUCACCUACCACCGAGGCGGCAUCGCCGUCUGGAUCCAGGUGCUGGAGGCGGAGAAGGCGCUGCACAAGAUCAAGUGCAGGAUGGAUUGCAAAGAUGUCUCCGCAGAAACACUGUACGACGUCCUGCACGACAUCGAGUACAGGAAGAAGUGGGACACCAACGUCAUCGAGACCUUCGACAUCGGCAAACUGACCGUCAACGCAGACGUGGGAUACUACGCCUGGAAGUGUCCCAAACCCCUGAAGAACCGGGACGUUAUCACGCUGCGCUCCUGGCUGCCGAUGGGCAGUGACUACAUCAUCAUGAACUAUUCGGUCAAGCAUCCUAAAUACCCCCCGCGGAAGGACAUGGUUAGAGCCGUCUCCAUCCAAACAGGCUACCUGAUCCAGGGGAAAGGAGCCAAGAACUGCAGCCUCACCUACCUGGCUCAGGUGGAUCCCAAAGGCUCUUUGCCAAAGUGGGUAGUGAAUAAGUCUUCCCAAUUCCUGGCUCCCAAGGCCAUGAAGAAGAUGCACAAGGCCUGCGUCAAGUACCCCGACUGGAAGCAGAAACACAGCCCCCACUUCAAGCCCUGGCUCUACCCGGAGCAGAACGCCCUGCCCAGCCUGGCUCUCUCCGACCUCUCCAUCCAGCACGCCGACUCCCUGGAGAACAUCGACGAGAGCAGCUUGGCCGAGAGCAAGGAAGAGCGGGCCGAAGGCAGUGAUGAGGACAGCCUCAACUGAGGGCCCACCGGCCGGAGUGGGGGGGGGGAGGAGAGCUGUGCCCCCACCCACCCACUCUGAUCCCCCCUCCCUCUCCACCUGGCCUUUUUCUUCCCUGAGUGACUCCUGGGUUUGCAAAGGAGGAAGGGGGGGGCGGUCUCAUUUAGCGCCGGUCGUAGGACAGGAUCCUUUCUCCUGCUCCAGAGGGGGCUGGGGUAUCGGUGGCUCCUGGGAUGGUUCAGCCAGAGAGCAAAGUUUUCGGCAUCUCCUGUGGUCAAUUUCCACUCCGCCCCCCCAGGCCAGACCCCCCCCCCUCACCCUGCGGCUGGUUUCCUUCCUGGCUUUUUCUGCAACUGCUCCUGGGGGGCUGGGGGGGGGGAAGCAGAGAGGAGGGGUCUUUCCACGGGACCCCUGAGCUUUGCACAAUGGCAGGUGAUCUGGAGGAUGGAGGAGGUUUCUCCCCAUGAAGUCAUCUGCUGCUCCUUGGAUGGGGCGGGAGUGGGGGGCACUUCCUUGGCAGGGAAAAAUCCCCCCCCCCGUGCAAAGCCUUUUGCCUUCACUGGGGGGGGGGGAACAUAGCAGAAGGCUUUCCCCCCCACCAGCAAGAUGAGGAAGGCUACUGGAUUUCUAGUAUCUUCGGCUUCCUCCAGCAUUGGCCAGGGAACCCCUGGGGGGGCGUGGGUGGGGGGGCGUUAUGAAGCCUUCAGCCACUUUGGUGUUGAGUUAUGGCCUCAUCCAAGUGGACGGCAGCAUCUGACCCUACCAAACAGCCCCUCCCCACAGGACAAGACACCCCCCCCAAACACGCAUACACACACACACACACACACACACACACACACACAGAGCCAAGGCCCCCUGCCCACCAUCUCUGGACCCCAGAAGGAGAAGAGCCCCCCCCCCCCCAUGGGUCUCCCCGAGAUCCUUAACCCUGGGAUGGGUCCGCCUUUCUUUGGCCUGGCUCCCCCAGGGGGUAAAGGGGCACGGAAGGCCUCCAGAGCUUUGAGGGCACCUUCGCAAGGGCCCUUUGUGUCCCGUGGCCCCCCUCUCCCCCCACUCUCUGUUGGGCCAUUGCAACCCGUAGCACGUGCCCUUGCUUUCUCACCUCGCAGGUGGUCCUCGACUUACAACGGUUCACUUAGCGACCGAAGUUACAACAACAUUAAAAAACGUGACCCCCA